UUCAGUUGCCAAACAACACUCGACGGUAAACGCUUGCCCAUUCCGCUGAUCGCAAAAGAAAAGCCACGGCUCUUGUUGUUUCAACAACAACAACAACAAAGUGUCAAGCUGUUGGAAAAUCGUGUGUGAACUUUGCCAAAAAAAAAACUAAAUACAAACGACAUUUUUUGUUUGUAUACACUUAAUGGUCGAGUGCUUUCGUGGUUCGUUUUAUUAUUUUGGGCAUUUCGUAGCCAAGAAAUAAGGUUGAGUGAACUUGUUAUUGGGUUCGCAGUCUAUGGAAAUACACAACUAUAGAUAAGAAGUGGAAAAAUGACUUCAGAUCGUUUUCACAAAGCUGCCAAAGACGGGCUGCUUGAUGUGCUGAAGGAGGCAACGCGUAAGGAUGCCAAUGCCAAGGACGAUGAUUCAAUGACACCCGUCAUGUGGGCAGCAUUUGAGGGUCGCUUAGAUGCGCUGCGCUUACUAUGCGGCAGGGGCGGCGAUCCGGAUAAGUGCGAUCAAUUUGGGAAUACAGCGCUUCAUUUGGCUGCAGCUAAGGGACAUUUGCAUUGCGUUGAUUUUCUGUAUAAAUUCGGUGUUAAUAUAUAUGCACUGGAUAUUGACAGACACAGUGCCAAGGAUCUGGCAGCCAUAAAUAAUCGCGACGACAUUUUGCGUUAUUUAGACGCAGCUGCGGCCAGUUUUGAGGCGAAUGAAAAAAAAAAGGCAAAAGCUCUCAAGGAAAUAGCUGAAAAGGAGUGCGAGAAACGUGUAAAGGAAUAUAUGAAGCGCCAGCAACAACAGCAGCAGAAGCACGAGUACUGCGAUCUCAAGCCAAGCAAUGCUCAGACAUUGGUUAGCAGCAGCAGCAGCAAGUCGAGCAACAUGCUGUCCACGCUGAAGCAAAAGAUUUGGUCCAGCCAGGGCAAUCUGAACAAGACGCCCAGGGAGCAGGCAGCAGCUACAGCACGCACAUCCGCUACCAAAUUCAGCGAUCUGGUGGGCAGUAGCAGCAGCAGCAGCGGCGGGUCAACCAUAGCCAGUCGCAUGGGCACAGUGCAAAAGAAGCCACAACAACAGCAGCAGCUGCAGCAGCAGCAGGGAAAGUCACAGCACUCCAAAUCCUGCCCACAUGCUGCGGCGAAUGAUGGAGGAUUCAAGGUGCGCGAGCUGGAGCCGGAUGGCAAACGUACAAUAACGUCGCUAACAGGGCUACAAAGGGACUCGGAGGUGCUGUAUGUGGGCACAUUUAGCUCCACGGAUGAACAAGAUGGCAAGCGUGGCAAGAUUGCGGAUGUCUUUGAGCUGGAUGACGACGAGGUAGGACGUCUGGGCUAUAGUACGGCGCUAUCGCGCAGCUUCUCACAGCCAGAUAUACUAGGCGAUGCACAGCUAUCGCAGGAGUUGAACGAGGAGCUGCAGGUGCUGCAGCGACCUGUUGGCCUUUUCGACCGACCCACCAUGCUGGGCAGCAUUGCCUUUCGUCGGUCAGUGACGGCGGCGCUGAGUCAACUGCAACUGCAAUCGGAUGGCAUCGAUAGCGUCUCCAGCUCAACCAUGCGAAAUGCAAGCAGCAGCAACAACAACAAAAAUAACACCAAAGCGCGUUUGUAUCUGAAUCUAUCCGAUGAUUCCGAUUCCGAGGGCGCCGGCGAUGAUGUCUACAGCGAUGAUGAGGAUGAGGAACAGGCGUCGGCCAGUGCACUGCAGCGCUUUCUAUCUGUGUGGGCACUAGAGGAAUAUUUGCCUGUUUUUCAGAAACAGGAAAUUGAUCUGGAGACACUUAUGCUGCUGACGGAGGCGGACCUGAAAUCGCUUGGCUUGCCACUGGGACCCUUUCGCAAGUUGACCUUUGCUAUACAGGAGCGUCGCAAUGCCUUGGCUACACCUGGACCACUUGUGGAUAGUCGACUAUAGGCUGAGACCUCACUAUACCAGCAUAAGAUUUGUUUUUAC